UUCACUGGUCAUAGUGUUUACAUAAGCCAUGCUGCUGUUACCACUUGGUAAGCACAUUUUAUCAGCUGUCUAACUUUUGGACAGGUAUAUAAUAUAAAAACAUAACUAUCAGAAAUGCUUUUCUUUGCUAAAGGAGAAACAAACCUUUUGCCCUGACGCUCCAACAUGUGCCAAAGUUCUGGUGAAUGAGACAUAUAGUUAUUUAAUAAUUGGUGUAGCAAAAAUAACCCUUGAGUGCUAUGAUAAAAGAAUGAUUCAACGUGUCCCUGCUCUCCCACGUGUCAUAGUGGGUUUUCAGAAGGCAGAUGGACAUGUGCUCAACUGUUCGAGAUGUUGUAAUGCAGUUUAUAGCUUUCUCAUCCCCUUGGUUAUGUGUUUACAGUACAGCCUUUUAUUGUUCCACAUCCAGAGCGUUUUCUAAACGUGGUCACUUUCACUGUAUUUGGUCACGAGGUCUGUUUAUAGCUGAGUUUCAGCCAUCACACGCAGUGUUGUGUCUGUACAGUCUGAAAUACGCUUAACGCCCCUCACGCUUCAUAAAUCACGCUGUUCCUGUCGUCUGUCGUGCAGCACAGCGUCGGUUAACUGUUUCCUUCCUCUUUGAAAUAAUGAUCAAAUAUAAACACCAUUAAGCCAUAGAGCUGGGGGCGAUUUGUAUAGAAUUGGUUUACUUGAACUUUAUUGCGCCGCUGAGAGCCCAUUAAGAUACCGGGGAAAGUGCCAUAAUUGCUUUUGAAGAACUCUGUGCAAACAGUGUAUUGAUGCACUAUCAAAGUAAAAGCCUUGUCCUCGUUUACGGUUUACAAGAAAAGUAGUUAAAUCCCUCUUAUGGUGUGGCGCAGUUUCAAAAUACUGCAUGAACGCGCAGUUUAGCUCGCGAGGCUGUGGGUUCAAGCUCCACGCGCACGCCGGUUAAUUGAGUUCUGUUGCUCACUUCAACGUAAUUGGUUUACCACGAGGGCUGCUGUGUAAUGGGGCGCAGAGACACCUGCCAAAGACUAAUGGCCAGCAAACAGUGCGAGAGUGCAGCGACCACGGCCGCUCUGUUUGUUAACGCGCCAGGGACCAGUGAGCGAGCCCACGCGUGGUGUUAAAUGACGCAUUUACAGGAGUGUAAUGGGUACAUUUUAAAAGUCAGGAAGAUGUAGACGAAUAAUAAUAAUAAAAAAAAGCUUCUGGGAACAGAGUUUAACGCUUUAGCUUUUCAACAGAGUUUCCAAGACAACUGUGUCUCUAUCCGGGUCUCUUAUCUUGCAGGUCAACCAAUGUUUGCGCCCAUACGUAUCGAUUUAUCAGUGUGCACAGGAGAGAUAUAACCAUAUAAAUUGUCGAUGCUCCAUUGUUGGAGAACAAUCGUGAGAAACGUGUUUCUGCAGUCUGCUCUGGACUCUUAAAGCUGUGUGUGCAUGCUCUUGUCCACUGGGGCAAACACAGGUGGAUGCAGGUAAACGUUGACACAGUGGCAUUGAUUCACGCGCCCACUGUCGUCCUGUUCAAUUUAGUGAAAAACCCCACAAGCUGCAGAAUAUCCUAGAAACUAAGAGGGCUUUGGUUCAGCCGUUUUGAGCAAACAGUGAAACCAAUGGCUUUGUCGCUGCUGGGUCACAUGGCGGCAGAGUGACACACCUGCGUGGAGCCGUGUGGGCCCUGCAGUUGCACCACAGACAGGUAGAGCAAUAGGUCCGCGCUUGGAGACAGGGCGCAGGUAUAGACAGCCUACAGGUGCAUGUGCGGGUCCUGGGAAGAAGUCAUGAAUCGGGAAGAUCACUUUUACCCCUCCCAGGUGUUUAAAGACUCCUGCGCCUUCCAGAGAUCCCACCAGGGAGAGGACUACAGCCACAGCCCGCCGCCCUGCCUCUACAUGAGCCGGCAGGGCCACUCCGUCUACACUCCGCCCGCCAUGGGAGCCCUUGAACCGGCCAGCCUGCCUGAUAUCGUCCCCUCUUCUUACGGUCUACCUAUGAGGGAUGAACCAGGUGUACCUCAGCUCCACCAUCCCCAUGGACUCCACCAGCAGCAACCCCCGCCUGGUGCAGGAUAUGGAGACACGGGGGAGCAGAGCAGAUACCACCUCCCUUUCCCCUGGAUGAAAACCACUAAAUCUCACUCACACACCUGGAAGGGACAGUGGGCAGGACCGUACGUGAUGGCAGAGGCAGAGGAAAACAAACGCACGAGGACAGCCUACACGCGCGCGCAGCUCCUCGAACUCGAAAAGGAGUUCUUGUUUAACCGCUACAUCUCGAGGCCACGGCGCGUGGAGCUCGCCCUGACCCUGAGCCUCACCGAGCGACACAUCAAGAUCUGGUUCCAGAACCGGCGCAUGAAGUGGAAGAAGGAGGAGGACCGGAGGAGGGCAAGGGGGGGCGACCCGGAUCAGGACUCCUCCAUUACCUCUGGGGACCAGGGGGAGGCAACAGGGGGGGUCUCCUCUACCAACGGACCUCACAGCGCCUCACCCCCGGUUUCUCCGCUGAACCGUCACUCCCUGUCUACUUCUGGGCCCAGAGAGCCCGCGUAGACCUGCAGGAGGGCCCGGGACUGAGACUCUCAUUUUACAGGGUUGCCUCUCAAGUCCUCGUCUGAAGGCCGCUCCAUCUGAGAGGAUUUCAACUUAGGAUUCAGAAUUUGAAAAAGAGAGCGGAACUUUUAAAUCCUCGGUUAAGGGUGAGAAAAGGCCCUAUACCGGAUUUCCAGGGACUCCCUUGAAGGACAAUCUUAGCCCUCUGUAUCGGACACCAUCGUGAGUAAUUGUCUGUACUGAAAGGGACAUUUCUUCAGCCCACUUCACCAUUCACGCUUUGACUUUUUGGGGCACCAAAUGGCAAAAUGAGAAACUUACUUUGAACCCCCUUUUACAGACAGGAACAUGGAUUCAGUUGCUCAAACACUGCAUUUUACUGGGCGUUGUUUGUCCAAAUGUAUGGAUGUAUAUGCAUAAUAUGGCAGUUUACUUGUAUUUAAGCCAAUACCUUGUAAAGUUGUACUUAAGAAUCAAUUAUACAGAUGUUUUAUUGUUCAACAAUUUAAUUGUAAGGUCCAUCAGAUAAAUAAAACACAUUAUAAAAUUGCCCUUACAACAAUGGAACUCUUUCCUAACAGGUGACUAACUAACU